UAUAAAAUGUUCAAGUUUAGAUCAGAAAUGCUCCAGAGGGGGUGUGGCUUCACUGUGAUUCCCAUGGGUGGGAUCAAGGGUUUAAAUCCACCAGGAGUUUGGUGCAGUGUCAGAUUCACACCAUCACCGAAUCGAAAGACAAUGAAGAACUCCACGAAGUCGUCAGAAUACGCGCUGGAAUACGAGUACUACUACGAUUACGUGGACCCGGUGUCCGUGAACGCCAGUACACUGAAGUACAACAGAUAUUCAAUUGUCCUGAUAGUCUGGAUCAUUCUAGCUGCAUUUAUAGGGUUCUUCUUCUUGAUUUUGUCAUUUAUAUCACACUCGGGGCAACUACCAAGGGGUCCUCGUGUCAAAAAAUCUGGUUUGCCACUGAUGAAAGGUUAUGGAUCUCACCAGAAAAGAUACAAAAGAAGAAGCAACUUCAAGACGACACUAAAGCCAUGAGGAUGUUUAGUGAAAACAGACGCUGCAGAAGCAUCACUGCCAUUAAACCAUCAAAUCCUGAUCAACAUCUCUUUCUCAUCCUCUCUCUAUAUAUAUAAUUUAAUCAUGGAAAAUCUGAUGUAUAUAAUAUUUCUGAAACUGAACACUUAUUUCAUACAGUAUUUACUAAUUACAAAAAUAUGUAAAGAGAAUGUAUGUCAUUAGAUAACUGACAGUUUUGACAUUUCAGCUGAUAAUCUCAAAACUAUUGAAGCUUGUUUCCAUCACUAAAUAUUUUUUUAAAGAAAGUCGCAAUUGUGAUUUAUGAAGUCCGAACUUUAAGAUACAAACUUGCCAUUCAGAAAUAAAGUUGAAAUUUUGAAAAAAAAAAAAAAAAAAAUUCAGAAUUACAAGAUAUAAACUCGCACUUCUGAGAAA